CAGUCUUUCAAUGUGUCAAUUGUGUCAUAAGUCAGAAAAAUAACAAUUUUGAGUAUUCAUCAAAACAUGGUUAAGAAAUAAAACAUAUCUAUUGUUAUUGUCAAUCACAUUAAAUUCGUAAAAUGGGUUUCUUGACAAUUUUGAAAAAACUGCGACAGAAGGAAAAAGAAAUGAGGAUCCUAAUGUUAGGUUUAGAUAAUGCUGGCAAAACAACAAUUCUGAAGAGGUUUAAUGGUGAACCAAUUGAUACAAUAUCACCAACUCUUGGCUUCAAUAUAAAAACUCUAGAACAUAAAGGGUACAAACUCAAUAUUUGGGAUGUUGGUGGCCAGAAAUCAUUAAGAUCAUACUGGAAGAAUUACUUUGAGAGCACAGAUGGUGUUGCGUGGGUAGUGGACAGUGCUGAUGCACGGAGACUUGCAGACUGCGCAAGAGAACUGCAUUCAUUAUUAAGAGAGGAGAGGUUAGCAGGAGCCACAUUGCUGGUACUUGCUAACAAAGCUGAUCUACCCGGUGCAUUGACGUUGCAGGAGAUUCGAGAAGCAUUAGACUUGGACAGCAUCAAGACGCAUCACUGGCGCAUAGUACGUUGCUCCGCUGUCACUGGAGAGAAUCUUCUCGAUGGAAUGGAUUGGAUGCUUGAUGAUAUUGCUUCCAGAAUUUUUACAUUAGACUAAUUAGUCCACUUUUUACCCGACUGACUCUGGAGGGUAAUGUGUUUGGUGUAUAUGUAUGUUUUUAUGUAUAGGAGAGUUUGUAAAUUCCAUUGUGCAUGUAAAUCCAUUCUGCCUGGAGGCCAAACAACUGAAUCAAACAAAAUCUUUAUGGUUAUGAGGAGACAUUAUAUUCUUUCUCGGAGUGUCAUAGUUUAUUGUUUUGUUUGUCAGUCGGGUUUUUUAGCUUUUUAUAAUAUUAAAUUUAAUAUACAGCUUCUAUUUAACUUUACUUUAGCUGUAGAGCUUUUAGGGUCA